AUGGAUCGUGGUAGAGGCUCUACCCCUGUGAAUACUCCACCAUUCUUUGAUAGAACGGAUUAUUCUCAGUGGAAGGUAAUGAUGACCGCGUUCCUUAUCUCCCAAGAUGAUGAGAGACAAUGGACUAUGGUCGAAGAGGGUUGGAAACACCCUUUGAAACCCAUGAAUGAGGGUUCUGCCGUAUUAAUGCAGAAACCCAAAUCAAAAUGGGAUUAUAUUGAAAAAGGUGAUUUUAGAAUGAACACCAAAGCUCUUAACAGCUUAUUUUUUGCACUACCUAAAAAAGAGCGGAGAAGGAUUAUCACAAGGAUUAUCACUUGUCCUAACGCUAAGAAUGCUUGGGAUACCUUAGCCACUACCUAUGAGGACCCCAUUUCCUCCCAUAGGAUUGUCAAAAAAUUCCUCUGUGCUAUCCCUCCUAGUUAUGAGGCUAAGCAAAUUGCCAUAGAAGAAGCCCAAAAUCUAGAUACUUAUUCCUUGGAUGAGUUGGUAGGAAACUUGGAAGUUUUUGAGUCUAAGAGGAAAAAGUCUAGUAAGUCAAAGACCAUAGCCUUAUCCACUGUCAAUGAGGUAGAUGAGAAACAAAAGGAACCUGAGUUUCUUGAGGGUAGUUUGGAAGAGAUUGCCUACCUAACUAAACAGUUUGAUAAGAUGCUUAGGAAGAGAAGGUCUUUCCCUGUUGGUCGUAAUCCCUCCCGAGGUUUGUCUUCUAGGAAUCCUAAACCUAGUGAUACCACAGGCGAUAGGAAUCCCAAGCCUAAACCCUUUCAGAAAGGUGAUAAGUGCUAUGAGUGUGGUGGUGUCGGACAUAAAGCUGUUGAAUGUCCAAGUAGGAAGAAUAAAUCCCACAAAACCUUUAAGGUGUCUUGGAAUGAUAGUGAUUCCGAGCAAUUCUCAUCAAUCAUGACGAUGAGAAUAUAG